GGGUCGUGACGUAUGAGAGAUUCCACGGUGCCCACUGCCGUAGGCGCUACGACAGCUCGAGUAUAAAUGGACACCGGGUUCUGACAAUCGGCACUCUCUCAGUCGCUCCGACUCAGGAACCAGAUCAUCAGCAGAGAUAGCAGGCAUUACUUCGCCCUUUCAGGCUAACUCGCUUUCGACUUUGGUUCAGGAUGGAAACCCCUACGACUGCUCGGAGCCGACGAUGCUCCAUCAUACGCAACUGCAAAAGUGGUCUCUCCAUGUGGCUGGUUGUGUGGUUGGUCCUUGGCAAGCCCAGUCCGGCUCAGGCGUGCCCGCACUUGUGCGUGUGCUACCCGACGCCGAUGACCGUGAGCUGCCAGGCGCAGAACUUCACCCUCGUGCCAGCUGGAGUGCCUUACGACUCGCAACGCGUUUUCCUCCAGAACAACCGGAUUACGGAGCUCAGAGUGGGCUCUUUCGGAUUUGGAACUCAGGUUCUGUGGCUGUUCUCCAACAACAUCACAUGGAUUGAGGCUGGUGCUUUCAGUGAGCUGAGGGAUCUGGAGGAGCUGGACCUUGGAGACAACCCUCAUCUGCACAGGCUGGAGGGGGGUGCCUUCCGGGGUCUGGAGAAGCUCCAGAGUCUCCACAUGCACCGCUGCAAGCUGAAUGCCCUGCCCCAUGACAUCUUCCACAAGCUCUACAGCCUGCAUUUUCUUUACUUGCAGGAGAACCAGCUCCACUUCCUGCAGGACGACCUGUUCUCUGACCUCAUCAACCUGAGCCAGCUCUUCCUGCAUGGCAACCGUAUCCGCACACUGUCCGAGAACGUGUUCCGUGGCCUGGUCAACCUGGACCGCCUCCUCAUCCACGACAACCGCGUACGGCAGGUCAACCGCCGGGCGUUCCGCGACCUCGGCCGCUUGACCAUGCUUUUCCUGUUCAACAACUCCCUGGCGGAGCUGCCCAGCCAGGCGCUGAGAGACACCCAGGGCAUCGAGUUCCUCCGUCUCAACGGCAACCCCUGGUCCUGCGGCUGUGAGGCCCGUUCCCUGUGGGAGUGGUUCCGUGGCGCCCGCGUCUCCUCCUCCGAGCUGAUGUGCUCCUCCCCCUCCAAUCGCCGUGGCACCGACCUGCGUUUCCUGCGCGAGAUGGACUUCGCCCCCUGCCCUCUGCCCGACCCCGGCUCCAUCGCCGGCUCCACCACCACCACCUUCAGCACCAAGACUCGCUGGUGGUUCUCCAAGAACAAGCCCCAGUCCGCCAGCAAGGGCCUCUUCGAGAAAAGCUCCGAGACCAUCAAGGCAGCCCCCUAUGGUGGCAAGAACACUGCCUUGACCACCUCUGUCAAGUACGAGCUGGGAGAGGAGGAGAUGGCGCUGCCAAAGCUGGAGGCCGAGGAGUACUGGGCCAACUACGGCAACGAGGAUGCGGGCGCCACGCUGCGCUGCUUCGAGCUCGAGUGCCCGCCCGACUUUGACCUCCUGCCCCCCUCCUCUGCCGCCGCCCCUUCCUCCACCUCUCCCACCCCCUCCCUCAUCUCCCUCCUGGCUCUUGCUGUCCUCUCCUUCAUGCUCAAUCUGCACCUUCUAUUUGGCUGAACUCUUUAGUUUCGUCCGAUGCCCUUUUUAGGACAGCGAGGACCCAUCCACCUCCCUGUUGAAAACUCUGCCACCCCCCUUUGCCUAAAUGUUGAGAAUAUCUUACCUCAACAGCUCUGGAGAUAGGGGGGUAUAGUUAGAGAGAUAGAAACAUCUAUCACACACAGGGCUAUGUACACACUACACUGGGCUGUUGAAUGUUAACAGCUAGGGCUAUAGAACUACACCACCAACAGGUGCAGGUGCUCAACUAUGACCCUUGUGAUAUCACAACGGUCAGAGGUCACACUGCCAGUGUUGCCAUGACAAUCCUCAGUGCUACUGCUAAAUACUACUACUACUACUACUACUGUUGUAAAUGGUUCUCUCGGUGUUGUCACUUAAACUAAACUUCCUAAUAGUACAACUAAGAUGACAUAAGUUCAACUAGCUGCU